AUGCUCGACAUCAUUGACACAGGCACAACGGCAUCGUCCUCGGUUGACUGGUGCACCACCUGGAAGAAUCCACCUGAGGCUGCUGCACUCCAAGAAGAGAUUGAGAAUAUCCAUAGUGAAGGCUGCGUUUGCCUGGUCUUACAGGCACAACACCCCACCAAGUUCAUGACUUCAUGGAGUCACCAGGCCUACUGGCGCAAUCCGACCUAUCUCAUGGUUAAGUUUGCGCUUUGCAUCAUUGGCGGCUUGUUUGUUGAAUUCACGUUCUACUGCACUAGUGAUUUGCUCCAGGGUACCCAGAACAAGCUCUUUGCGAUCUUCUUGGCCUCAGCACUGUCUGUCCCCCUUUCACAGCAGCUUCAGGUAAUGUAG